AUGCAACUCAAAUGGGGUAUUGUUGGAACAGGUCGAAUAAGUCAUGAUUUUUGUCUUGCUUUAUUAACAUGCAAUGCACACGAACAUAAAAUUGUUGCUGUUGGUUCUCGAGAUAAAUCUCAAGCUGAAAAACUUGUUCAAGAAUUAAAACUUGGAGAUGAUAUUUCUAUAUAUGGUUCACAAGAUGAAGUUCUUCAAGAUACAAAAGUUGAUAUUGUUUAUAUUGGAACAAUUGAACAGGUUCAUCGAGAUUUAUGUAUUAAAGCAUUCAAUCAUAAUAAACAUGUUUUAUGUGAAAAACCAUUAGCAAUGAAUACAAGUGAAGUUCAAGAAAUAAUUGAAGCAGCUAAAAAAACAAAUAAAUUCAUGAUGGAAGCAAUAUGGUCAAGAUUUUUUCCUAUUUAUAAUUAUUUCCGUGAUGCUGUUAAACAAAUUGGAAUAGUUACAUUUGUUGAAUGUACAUUUUGUGUACGUGGUCUUGCUACUGGUGGUUGUUGGAGUUUACUUAUGGGUAUUGGUUGUUAUCCUGUUCAAGCAGCUUUAAUUGCUUUUAAUCAUGAAGAACCAGAAUCAAUCAUAGCCACAGGACAUACAAGAGAACUUAACGGUGAGUUAACUGAUCGGAUGAUUACUAUAACAUUAUUAUUUAAAAAUAAUCGUAUGGCUGUUCUUAAUUGUAUUGGAGAAGAUAUUGAAGCAAUUAAUUCAUUGAAAAUUCAUGGAACAGAAGGUGUUAUUAGUAUGCCGACACAUUUUUGGUGUCCAACAAAAAUGACAUUACCAAAUGAUCAUAUUGUUGAACAUCAUUUACCACAAACAAUCAAACCAACAAAUUAUACCAAUUCUGCUGGUCUUCGUUAUGAAGCAAUUGCAUGUCGAGAUGAAAUAAUGAAUGGAAAAACUGAACAUCCAUUUAUGACACUUGAACAUUCAUUACAAAUCGCUCGAAUUAUUGAAGAAGCUCGAAAACAAAUGCUUACACCCAAACAAUAG